GUCGAUUUCAUCGCUCAACUUGGCGAUUUUGUCGACGGCUGCAAUCGGGCUACCGCAGGCCAUGGCCACAAAGCCCUGCAGGACUUACUGCUCCCUCUUGAAGGCGGCCCGCCCACGCUUCAUCUGGUAGGCAACCACGAGCUCUACAAUUUUCCGCGAAAAGAGAUGGAGGAGGGGAUUGCUCUCCCUGAGCUCUCGGAACCCUACAGGAUAUCUGCACCACCAGUGCUGGAUCCCGAGGCUCCUUCAAGCACAAGUUCCUACUACAGCUUCUGCCCAAGCCAUGGGUGGCGAGUCUGUGUGUUGGAUCCAUACGAGAUCAGUAUCAUGAGCGGCGGUGGCGCUCGACCGGGCAUUGAUGCCGAUGCGGAGUUGGACUCGUAUGCCGUGGAGCUGUGCCAAGCGAACAAUCCAAACGACAUCACGAAAGAGGACUCAGUGCUGGUGUACCUGCUUGGUGCAUAG